AUGACUGGCAGCCCAACGCCUGCAGGGUCUCCCCCUGCCACAGCUGCUGACGUCCAUCCAGGGCGCAUCAACGUGGGCCAGCAUUUGCCCUAUACCGGGAGAGAAGUUGAAAUCUUCUCUCGUUAUGGGUACUUCUAUCCUCCGGGGUACCUCCCGAAUACGCCUUACAACGGCUUUAGAGGGUUCGCCACAACCCUCACACGCACUCAAUUCGGCAUGAAACCCAAUUAUUUCGUCUCCUUUGGAAUUGGGGCUGCGAAGCUUGCCGGGUGUUUUCUUCUGUUCUACUUCCCCCUCGACAACGUUUACUGCGACCUCCGGAAAAAGCAACGGGAGCGACGAGAGAAACUGCGCGCCAACUAA